CACGCCCGCACGCCCGCCGCCCGCCCGCCGCCCGCCAGCCCGCCGCGCUCGGCCCGUCCUCGCCCCUGCCUCGGCCAGCUGAGCUCGCUCCCUCCCCACCGCAGACAUGUCGGAGACCAAGAACGGACCCGAGUACGCCUCAUUUUUCGCGGUCAUGGGCGCCUCGGCCGCCAUGGUCUUUAGCGCCCUGGGCGCUGCCUAUGGUACAGCCAAGAGUGGCACCGGUAUCGCGGCCAUGUCUGUCAUGCGGCCAGAGUUGAUCAUGAAGUCCAUUAUCCCAGUGGUCAUGGCUGGCAUCAUUGCCAUCUACGGCCUGGUGGUAGCCGUCCUCAUCGCCAACUCCCUGACUGAAGGCAUCAGUCUGUACAGGAGUUUCCUCCAACUGGGCGCCGGUCUGAGUGUGGGCCUGAGUGGGCUGGCAGCCGGCUUUGCCAUUGGCAUUGUGGGGGACGCUGGUGUGCGGGGCACUGCCCAGCAGCCCCGACUAUUCGUGGGCAUGAUCCUGAUUCUCAUCUUCGCGGAGGUGCUGGGCCUCUACGGUCUCAUCGUUGCCCUCAUCCUUUCCACAAAGUAGCCCCUCCAAGCCCGCCAGCCACAGAAUAUGAUGUAAAGACCACCCCCUCCUCAUUCCAGAAUGAACAGCCUGACACACACGCACGGGGCAGCUGCCCCCUCAGUAGUUGGUCUUGUAAAUGCGCAGUGUCCUAGUGCCCAUCGUCUGUUGCCCCCGCCCGCCCCGUGCCGUGGACAUCUGGGCCCACUCAUCACCCAUCCAGGCCCCCGACCAGUGAGUUUGCAGGCCUCUGGCCGCCCCCACCCGCCUACCUGCCCUAGAGUGCUCUGUGUAUAAGGAUGAAUUAGAGUUGUCAUUUUCUCUUCACUGGAUGUUUAUUUAUAAAGAUUUGAUCUGUUCACACGUCUGUGGAGCAGCUCUUCGUCUCCCAACUAUAUAGUAAUCUUAAGUAGUGUCGCCUCGUGGGGUUACCGUGUGCCCUGAGAGUUCUCGGAGGGAACCACCGUCCUUCUGCUCCCGCUGCAGGGCCGUGUGCUGGGCCUGUCAGGCCCCGAGUCGUGUCCAAUAAAGUUCUCGGAUGUGA